AUGUCUGAAGAAACUGACUUACAAUCGGCGAAAGUGGUAGCCAUAGUUGGUGGUGGACUGGGAGGAGCACUCUGUGCUUGCUUCUUUGCUAAACAUGAUAUUCAAGUUCAUCUCUUUGAACUACGUCCAGAUAUUAGAACCCAAAAGGUAGUCAAAGGUCGCAGCAUCAAUAUGGCACUUUCGCGAAGAGGUCGUGAUGCUCUUGCCUAUGUAGACUGCGAGACAACUAUCGUUAAUAAUGGUAUAGCGAUGCGUGCUCGAAUGAUACAUGAUUUAGAUUGUACCAAACAUUCUAUCCCUUACGGGACACGUCCAGAUCAUGAAAUCUUGUCAAUUGAUCGACGUGUUCUAAAUGAAUUAUUAUUGACUGAAGCUAGUCGCCGACCAAAUAUUAAUAUUCAUUUUCAACAUAAAUUUGUUGGCUGGGACGAGGACAAUAAGAUUGCUAGUUUUGACGAUGCAUCAGGCAAUCGAGUUGAGUUUCGUGCCGAUGCCGUGAUUGGUUAUGAUGGAUGCCAUUCGGCCGUACGAACAGCGAUGAUGAAAACCGAUGCAAUUAAUGUGGCUCAAGAAUAUUUCGAUACACAUUACAUGGAAUUUUGCAUUUCCCCACAGAGCAAACAAUUUGCUAUGGAACCAAACUAUUUGCAUAUUUGGCCCCGUCAUCAAUUCAUGCUUAUUGCUUUACCAAAUCAAGAUAUGUCAUUUACAACAACACUUUUCUUACCAAUUUCGAUAUUUCGAAAAUUAAAAACGGCUGAUGAUGUGUUAAACUUUUUUGGUCAGUAUUUUCCCGAUGCAGUGUCAUUCAUUGGUACGAAAGAGAUUGUUGAAACAUUCUUUUCAUCGAAACCUCAACCAUUGAUCUCUACCAAAUGUGAACCACAUGCAACAUAUCGUGGUGAUAUGCUUCUCAUGGGCGAUGCUGCUCAUUCAAUGGCACCCUUCUAUGCUCAAGGUAUGAAUUCAGCAUUUGAAGAUUGUAUCGUUCUAUUCGAUAAACUAAGAGAAAAUGAUUUUGACCUUCCGAAAGCAUUUGCUUCGUACAAUGACGCUCGUGUAUGCGAUACUCACGCCAUAGUCGACUUGUCUAUGUACAACCAUCGUGAAAUGACACAUUUAGUCACACUGCGCUCCUUCCAUUGGCGAAAAAAGAUCGACAACUUUCUAUACAGAUUAUUUCCUCAUUGGUGGAUACCGUUGUAUACUAUGGUGACAUUCACACGAAUUCCAUAUCAUCAAUGUAUGGCACUACGUCAGCGACAGGAUCGUACUUUACAAAUUGCCCGCCGUAUUGGCUACACGCUUGUUGGCUUCUUAGUUGCUCGGCGAUUCGUCUGGAAUACUAUUAAACCAUUCGUUGUUCAAUUUAUUGCUGAUGAAGUGUUGCCAAGAUUAGAGAUAAAAAAAUGA